AUGGCCCCUUCUACUCCUACAUCUAACCCUUUCGCCGCCAUGAGGAACUUUGGUGGUAUGGUGUCGUCUGCUCUUUCCUUCGGCGACAGAUCUCGCCAAGUCUCCUCCCUCGGCCUCGGCACCCUCUCUUUGGGGGAGCCGUCUGGCGAUGUCCCGCCUCCUCGCUCCGCUUCUCCUCCCGCCGGUCCUCCCGCUGGUUCUCCCUCUGCUUCUCCUCCUCCUGGUUCUCGCUCUGCUUCCCCUCCUGCCGCCAGCCCUCGCCGCAGGACGCCCGCCUUUCGUCCUGACGUCGAAGGAAAAGGGGGUGAUUAUAGUGAUGAGGAUGAUAGAAUCGUGUCGGAGGGUGAAACCGAGUUAGAGGAACACUCGGAUGAUGAUAUGGUGGCGAUAGUCCUGAGCCCGCUCCUGCCCCUCCCCCUGCUCAAAUUGUGGGCCAGAAACGACGCCGUUCCCUCUCCUCUUCUUCUUAAAUUGUGGGCCAGAAACGACGCCGUUCCCUCUCCUCUUCUUCUUCUUCCUCUUCUUCUUCUUCCUCUUCUUCUUCCCCCCCCCAACGCCAUCGCCGCUGCCGCCGCUGCUGCCGCCGCCCGCUCUGCCGCCGCCAUCGCUCCUGCUGCCGCCGCCGGUCCUGCUCCCGCCGCCGGUCCUGCUCCCGCCGCCCCCGUCGCUGCUCCCCCCCCUUCUCCCAGAGGGGAGCCUUCGCCCAAACGGGUGAAGAGAUCACUGCGGGAAGAAGAGUACUUGUGGGAGAAGAUGAAGUCCGAGCCUGGUCGUUGGAUCGCGGUUGGUGUUGACGAAGCGUGUGACCGUUGCCGACUCAGGCCACACAACAAGGCCCUCCGUUGUGCUUCAUGCACGUCUGGCCCCUGCUCCUUCUGUCCCGUUUCCUCUGCCCGGGACAUCCCGCCCCGUCCCUUCGACGCUUCUCCUCUCCCCCCUCCCCAGACUCCAGCGUCUGUCCCCCGUUCGCGGGUACCGUCUUCGUCUCUCCGGUCGGUUCGCCGUACUUCGCCGGACCUCCGCCCGUCGCCUCCGUCGCCGUCGCCCUUCGCUCCUGUGGCCGGCCCAUCACGUCUCCCGGCUGUUCCUCCUUCGUCUUCUCGCCGUCCUUCGGCCUCUGCUCCUUCGGCCUCCCGUCCUUCGGCCUCUCGUCCUUCGGCGCCACGUCCGUCCUCUCCAGUGGUAGCUUCUCCUCCGGCUCACAGCACCCGAAGUCGGCGUCCUUCUGUUCCUCCGGCCUCUUCGGCGGCCCCUCCCGUCACCCCUCCCUCUGCUUCCCAGAAGACACCGAAGUCUUCUUUAAAGAAAUCAAAAGGGAAAUCUAAAGGGAAGGAGGUUGCCUUCAAUGAUGGUGAUGUGGAAAAUGAAGAUACUCAGCGUGCUGGUCCCUCUGCUCCCCGGUUGUCCCUCGUCCACCCUCGUAUCUCCCUGGACGUCCGUAUUCCUGAGGACGAAAAGGAACUCGCCACUUAUCGUUCUCUCGUCCUCGGUCUCACUACUCAGCUUGAGGCCGCCCGAAAUGAUACAUCUCUCCUGCUUGACUUCUCUUCUCGUCAAGCUAACGCUUUAAACAAUCUUACUGCGGCGUUAGUAGAUGUAGUCAACACUGGGGCUCUGGACGACGAAGCAAGGACAAGGUUAGCGGACGUCUCUCGCCGAAGCCUUACUGAGAUAGCCGAUGUUCGCCGAAGACUGUUCGACACCCCCUUCCUAGUCACUCCUAUGGCGUAUGAGCCACCACCGUCCCUUGACUGGUUAGGUCGCCGUAGUAAUUCUCGUGUCCCAGCUUCAGCCCAGACUGCUCUCGACCUCCUCAGUCUUCCCUUCGAGUGUCUACGGACCAUACGUUCUCUGUGGAGGACCCCGAGCAUGCAAGCUGCUCGAGAUGUCCAGGACUUCGGUGACUUCUUUGGGGCUAUGAAUCGGGCAUGGAAUGCUUCUCUCUCUACUGCGUUCCCGUCUGAGACUCUCGAUCUACCUUCGGUCAUCGGUAGCCUCCACACCAAUCCCGCGGGACCGAGUAGAUCGAAGGAGAAAGGAAAAGGAAAAGGUAAGGGUAAGAGUAAGGACAAGUGA